AAUCCUAUGCAACUGAGUCGCAAAUCCUUAUUCAACAUUUGCCGGUAACGCACUGAUAAAACCCCUUGUGCAGCUGAAUUGAGAAGGGCAAGAAACCCUCAGUAACUUCUCAUAUCCAAACCCUUCAAUCUGACUAGCUUUUCUUUCCUCUAUUUUAAGAAAAUUAAUUAUUAUUUUGUUUAACAUCUCUCUCUCUCUCUCUCUCUCUCUGAGGAUUUCGCUUCCGCUUCGUUUUGUUUCCAGAUAUCAGUUUACCCCAAGUUAUCGUGACAACAGUUCUGAAGUUUUUAGUUUGUUGACUACAUUUUUCAAUGGGGGAUGCCGAAAAUGCUCUUCCACCUUCAAAGAAGAGGGCCGCUGGAAGGGAACUCAAUAAAGAUAAUGCUGGUCUUGAUGAUGAAGAAGAUGCUCCUGAACCAGAGACUGGAUCUUUCAAGAGGGCCAGCGAGGGGGUGCUGGCAACCAGAAGAAUUGUCAAAGUUCGUCGAAACCAGACCACAUCAGCCCCCUCAUCCAAUCCAUUUGCUACGAUCCACUUAGUCCCUCCUCCAGAGUUCAAUGCAACCUCGUCUGUUACGAGUGUUGCACAGGCUGCUGGUGAGGAGAAAGUUUCAGAUGAGGUAGAUGAAAAAGAUGAGGAAAAUAAGCAGUCAGAGAGCAAAACUGAUGAGGCAGAGGAUGAAUCUCCAGCGCAUGAGGUGAAUGCUGUGGAGAAGGAGAGCAGUAAUAUUGGAAUUGAGGCAGCCGAACAUGAUGAACAACCUGCAAAAGAAGAGAAGUCCGAAAAUGAAGACAAGAAAGAUAACAAAAGGGAAACUGUGAAUUCAGGUGUGGAAGGUACCCCUUUGCGCUCAUUCCAACAACUUUCAAGCAGCCAAAAUGCCUUCACUGGUCUUGCUGGAACUGGAAUUUCCACUUCUACCUUUUCCUUUGGUUCUAUUUCGAUGGAUGGGUCUAGACCUGGCACUGCUUCUGUGUCUCUUUUUGGAGGGGGAAAUGAUAAGCCUUUCAGUCUGAGUCUCUCUAAUAAUGGAAGUUCUUCAAUUUUUGGCACUUCAGGGGCUUCUACUGUUGCUAAGACUGAGCAAACUGGCUUCCCAUCAAUGCAGGAGAUUGUGGUCGAGACUGGGGAAGAACAUGAGGAAGUGGUUUUCACUGCCGAUUCAAUGUUGUUUGAAUUUAUUGAUGGAGGUUGGAAGGAACGUGGGAAGGGAGAACUAAAAGUGAAUGUCUCCACAACUGAGACGGAAAGAGCCCGACUUGUUAUGCGAGCCAGAGGAAAUUAUAGGUUAAUUAUGAAUGCCAGUCUUUACCCAGACAUGAAGCUCACAAAUAUGGAGAAGAAAGGCAUCACCUUUGCCUGCAUUAAUAGUGCUAGUGAAGGGAAGGAUGGCCUCACAACAUUUGCUUUGAAGUUCAAGGAUGGUUCCAUAGUGGAGGAGUUUCGUGCUGCUGUUUCUGCGCAUAAAGGUAAGGCGUCUACAGUUCUGAAGACUCCAGAGAAUUCUCCCAAGGCUUCUGAUGAUUGAAAGGCGUUCCCUGUUAAUGCAUGUCUGUGGUAGUAGUCCUUCCUCCCUUCGGAAGAGAAGGAAGUUUUAGGGUUUGGAAUCCUCGGCCUUUAUGUUGCAGAGUUAACAGAGUUCUCUCCAUCUUGUUGUAGUUUAAUUUCAAGUCCCCAACAAAAAAGAAAAAAGUACAAUUGGAUUCAUUUUGGAUAAAUCUCGGGUUCGGACGGCAUAAUUGGACCUUGUAAGACAUUGAUGUUGGUCACAGUUCCAUGGUUGUCCCCUAAAUCUGUGGGAUAUAUAUCGAUCUGCAUUAUGGAUAUCUUCUUGGUCCCAAAAAUCACGAAGUGGAUAACUAUUCUGAUAUUGUGUUGAACAUUGUAUUAAACGAUGUCCUUGUGUCUA